CACCUGGCAGGCAACUUCUGUGAGUGGUACAUUAGGACUGAGCAGCUCCAGCACAGCUGCAGCUGGACGGUGAAGCAUCAGUGUGUGGAUCUGCUGGCCGAGGGUCUGUGGGAGGAGCUUCUUGAUGACGAGCAGCCAGACAUUACUGUCAUGAACUGGUUUGAGGACAGCCGGCUGGACGUGUGUGUCUAUGAGUUGCACGUCUGGCUGCUGGCAGCUGACCGACACACCAUCAUUGCUCAGCACCAUGUGGUCCCCCGGACCUCUGGGAGGGGCCCUCCUGGCCGCUGGGUCCAGGUGUCCCACGUAUUCCGCCAGUAUGGCCCUGGUGUGCGUUUUGUCCACUUCCUGCACAAGACAAAGAACCGCAUGGAGGCUGGAGGGCUGCGGCGAACAAGGGUGACUGACUCCUCCGUGUCUGUGCAGUUCAGGGAGUGACUGGCUGUUUUGACCCCUUGUCUCAUCCUGAGUGUCUGACUUCAUCGCCCCCCCCACCCCCCCGGCCCCAGAACGUCUGAAUCUUUGGCAUUUCCCCUGCACUCUUGGGGCUCCAGGAGGGCAGGGACCAUGUCUUCCCGAGGCAGUGCUCGACAGAUAGUAGGUGCUCAAUAAACCCUUGUUGACUAAACCAGUAAACACCUGUGCCCAAGGAUUCUGAGUAUUAUGCCAUCUUUGCUCCAUAGAACUUCGCUGAGCUCCCAGCCCACUCACAAACCCUCUGCUCUGUGAUCCUCCAGCACCUCAUACCUCCUCCACCUCCGACGCCUCCCUUGACCUCUGAUCUCUUC